GUUUGGAUGACAGACUACUGUACAGAAUAGGUUUCCCUUUUAAUAAGCCGAUAGAAUUUUUCUGUUGUCUUAUUCACUGUUCUCUUGUGAGAAAGAUCAGCAUGCUGCCUCAUACAGUCGGUGCUAUCAGGUGACCAUGAAACAAAAUAUUUACCGCUUGUGAUUAAAACCUGUUCGAAAACUUGUGUUGUAUUCCAUACCCCGUUUCACUAUGGCUUCAUCUCUUCGCCACAUCGCUACUGAACCUGGCAAUUUAAAUCAAAAAAUGAGCACAUCAGCAUCUGAAAAAGGUUUAAAUGAAUUACAGAUAUGUGAUCGCCGAAAAAGUCCUAGCCGCACAUCUGAUUCGGAAAUCAGUGUUGGCACUAACAGUCUUUCACAUAGUUCUCACCAGUCUGAACCUGGAUAUCAAGGCAAGCCUGCCUUAACACUACCAUUAGAAUCCACUGAUGAUCAUCUACCAACUGAAGCUAUAAACGAUGAAACGAAAGUUCCUGCAGCAACACAGAAAGUCCACAGAGGCAGUGAAUGGGAAAUCUUAGAGGGCUUACGAGAUGGAAAAAAGUGUGAAGUUAAACCUGGAAAAUUUGAAGGUUAUCUCAUGAAAAGGCGAAAGUGGCCUCUUAAGGGUUGGCAUAAACGUUAUUUUUUGUUGGACAAAGGAAUUUUAACAUAUGCAAAAUCACCAACUGAGAUGGCACGUGGUAAAAUUCAUGGUUCUGUUGAUGUUGGCUUAUCAGUUAUUUCUACUAAAAGCCAACGAAGGCGUAUUGACAUAGAUGCUGAAGAACAUAUUUAUCAUUUGAAG